AUGGAACCGAGUCUCAUCAAGCCCGGUGCCUUAUCAGCCAGCGGCCUAGAUGCCAAAGAGCUAGCUGAGUAUAAAGAUCUGCUAUAUUUCCUCAAGGAAGAGAGAUCCUUCAAACACUCACUCAGCAAACCUAUGGCACGUAUUCCGUCGAAGACCAAGGACUGGUUAGCACCUGAAUGGCAUGGUAUCCUCGCAGAUGUGACGUGUCCCUCUCGCCAAUUGGUACGGCUGAAGCAGCAGUUCGCACCUAAGAAAAAUACGAGGGUGCAAGAUCUCCGUACCGAUUGGCGUAAAAUGGUGGAUAUCCCGUAUGGUAGGACCUCGUUGGAACGAUGGCUGUUGAAUUGGUCGAAUAUGCACGAUGACGCCAAGGCAGCUAAAGUGCCAGAUGUGUGUUAUACAGAUGCAGAAUAUCCGCCGGAUUCGAUACUUCAUAGUCGCUAUCGUCAAUGA